UGGGAGGGUAGGGACCCACUGCGCAUGCGCGGCGCCAGCGCGCGCCCGCUUGCUUCUCCGGUGCUUUUUCGCUGCCAUGAAUCGCCUCACGCUCCAGUCCCUUCGCGAAGUGAUCAAGGCCGUCACGGAGACGUCGGGUUUUGAUCGAGUGCUAAACAAGAUGACAGUUCUUUCUGCUGACUCUGGAAAAGUAGUCUGUGAAAUGGAGGUAGCAAAAGAGCACACAAACCGGGGAGAAACUCUGCACGGAGGGCUGACGGCAACACUUGUUGAUGUAGUGUCAACAGCUGCUUUACUGCACAGUGAACGAGGAGCACCUGGAGUCAGUGUGGACAUGAAUAUUACCUAUGUGUCCGCAGCUAAAAUUGGAGAUGAAAUCCUGAUCACUGCUGAGAUCCUGAAGCAAGGAAAAAGGCUGGCUUUUACCACUGUGGAUUUAACAAACAAAGCCACGGGAAAAUUAAUAGCCCAAGGAAGGCAUACCAAAUACCUAGGAUCCUGAUUGGACUAAGGGAGCACCCAAUUAAAAGCUUAGAGCUUUGAGAAAGGAGAACAAAGUAACUUUACAACAGUACUAAAGUGUGAAAUAUGAAUGUUCACUAUGUACGUCUUGUUUACUGUUCAUCUACAGUAAGUUGGUGGGCUAAAUUCAGAUUUCCUCUUCUUUAUGCAACUUUGGUGAUGGACUAUCUUCAGAUCUAUUCUCUCGGGGAGUGGAAUAUAAGUGCAGGUGAUAAUUUGUCCUCAUGGUGGAGAGGGAAUGGCAGUGUGUUGUAGUCAAGAUUAGCCAGAUUCCUACCCAGUUGGAGAGAAGCAUUCACAGCUAUCACCAAAGCAUGCAUUCAAUGCUAAGCACUUACUAGGGUAGAUAAGCCACCAGUAAAAGCACAGGGUUUCAACCACAAUGGCAAAAACCACACAAAACCAUUACAUGAAGAAGAAUGCGGAAUAUUCUUCGGGGAUUUCUACUGUAUCUUCUUCCCUUCAACAAAUGGAGACUUUAUCUUUACCUUAAAUCCAAACUGGGAUGGUUGCAGGAGUCCAAGGUGACUUCCCUAUUGCUCUAUUCAGAAGACAUUAUUGGAACUAUGUGGAUGUUUUGAGUACUUUGACUCCAGUAUUGGAUGAAUGUCACAUCAAUUAAACACUAAUUAUUUCAUCAA